GUGUGUGUUUGCUCCAGUUUAAGUGCUGCGGACUCCGAGGCUACCGAGACUGGUUGUCCUCGUUACCAGACUCUUGCUUGUGUGACAGAGAGGACAACAGCUCCGGAUGUGUGAGAGUUCAAAGCAGCCUGGUUUAUGAAAAGCCAUGUCUUCCUACAGUCUUAUCCCUUGUAGGAAAACGCAGCUCCACAUUCUGGACCAUCAUGAUAGUUUGGAUCACCAUCAUUUGUGUUCCUCUUUCCAUGUAUGCAUUUGGUGUAGUGCUUGGUUUCUUCAUAUGUUGUUAUGUGGAAAUUUAUGAACCAUGUUGUUACAAGCUGAGCGUUUGCAUAUAUAAAAUGCGCGGAGGAGAGGACAUGAUUCCAGUGGUGUUCAUCAGAAAGAACAACAAUAACCAAACAGAGGAGGAAAACGGGAAGGACAGGGAAGCAAAAGAAAAUGGCAGGGAUGACGGUGUAGCCUUAGACAUAGAAGGGGGUACAAAUGCGGAGAGAGAGGGACAGGAAGCACCGAAGGAGGACUGGGAUGACAACCCAGUGAGAAAGAUUCCUCUGUCAGUGCUGAAGAAGCUUCAGGAAGAGCUCGACCCGCCUCCCGUCCAACACAAGGUUCGAUGCUUGUGUAUAUCACCUGGUAAACCCAGGAGCUUCUACACCAUCCUGAUAGAGGAAGGUUCACCGCUGCUACCCAGUGGCACUGUGCUGGUUGAUCCCAACAAACCCCCCAGAAAUUGUUUAUGGGGUGAGGGACCCCAUCUGUUUUGUGUUAACGCCUCUGUUUGGCAAAGUAAGACUGAACCGGAAGUCACUUUGCCAUUAUUGUAGUGUUAUACCAUCAGUUUUUGCACUGUGCUGUAUAUUUUCACAUAACGAAAUGUCAAAUACAAAGAACUGUGUAUUAGAAAUAGAGACUUGGUAUGAAUCACAAAAUGCCUUUACUGAGUAUCAUAUCAUUCAUGCCAAAUAUAGUCUCUUAAUUUGACAUAAAUGACCCUUCCAAAGUCCCGUCGCUUUUCGCUCUGUGCUCCAAUAACAACCGAGCAAACAUGGGUCAACUUUCUUCUUUCCUGUAAUUAGAUUGUCGACCACAAAGCCAUAAAAGUAACGAAUAGCUUGUACCUUCCUCAGUGUCUGAGUAUUAGAAUGAUUAUGGUUAAAGAGUGGGACUCUGUCAUGUCACAAUGAGAUAAAUACCGCUGUGUAAAACUAACGGCCUUGUGACGGGAAACCUUGAUGUGUUUAGAGGUGUUGCCUGGCAACCCCCCCUCUGAUUUCCUUUUAUUACACAUAAUCUAAUUUAUGAACAGCAGAGCAGGAAGCUCUGGCUGACUGCAGUUAAUGUAAACAGCAGUAGAUCAUUUAGAGCCUGUGUGGGUGAAGGAAAGGCAGAAAGUAUGCACAGCAGGCUAGUAACAUAAGCUAGUAGAUAUAUUACUACUACCAUUACUUUCAUUAUGUUUUAGUGUACGGUCCACAAUCUUUUUUUCACACAAAAUACAAAACAACAAAUCACAGAAAUCCAUUUUCAAUCAAACAUUUCAAGUUUCUUUUUAAUGGAUGUGACAAAACCCUUUACAUCUUUGUGGAAAAAUGUGCUUCAAUAAAGUUUGAAGUGUAACAUAUUCAAAGUAAAUUGUAAAAUACACACUUAAACAAUAAUUUAAAUAAAUAAAAAUUCUGGACAGGAUCAACUCAUACAGUGUAAAAAAAAUAAAAUAACAGUUAACUUUAUAAAUUAAAAGAGUUCACCACUCAGAUUUCAAACAUUGUAAACAAGUGCAAAAACAGAAGAGAGACCUGAAUCAAGACAAAAAAGCAAAUGUACGCUGUGGUUACAGUAAUAGAGGCCUUGCGUGUAUUUCUUUUUGCAUGUGCUUUGAAUCACUCGAUUUCAGUUCAAGUAAAAAAUAAUUAAAUAGCAGUAAAAACGUGUUUUUCUGGAGGAGCUCAGCAUUUUCUGAGACUCCCACCAGGUCAAGAUCAGAGAUCAAUUUGUGUCCCUUGAGCCCUGAGCUUCCCGGUUGUAGUGUCAUGGCUCUAUCGUAAAUAAUCACAAAGACACUCUGGUGGAGGGAUGCA